AUUUUCAGAUGAGCGAAGGAAAAUCUCUCGCCGACGCUUUGAUUGAGGUUCGUCUUGAUCCAGAUCGACCAAUUAUAGAAGUUCCCGAGCGAGUCUGGAUUGGUGCCAUCAAUGGAUUCCGAGGAGAAGAACGAAGAUACGCCAUGGUGGAUGCUCUGCUUGCACUUCCUGGAAGUCAUUCGCUCUACAUGAUGGCUUGUCGUUCUUCUUUAUCGAAAGAAUUAUGAAUGCCGAUAAAUUUGUGGAAACCACGAUCUCAGACUUUAUGAGACUCAAUUCUUCAAGAGACUUUGAGUAUUUCGUCUCCAUUGCUAAACAGCUCUAUUCCAGAGGAUGCCGUGAUUAUUACACUGAGGCAUUUCUUACGCAUCUCAAAACGAUCUUCCCAAUAACCGAAGAAAAUGCAGAAAAGUGGUUGAAGUACGGCGAGAUGCUGGGUACUGUCGGUGAGAAGGAUUUUCGAACGGACAUUUUUGAGCAAAUGAUGAAGGAUUUCGUUGACUCAAACAAACUCAGUCAGAUUGCUGCCAAAUUCCACGGAUUUGUUGAGUCAGUGGAUGAUUGGAAUCUUCUUGCCGAAUGUCUUUUCUCCCGUGUGAGAGCUCUUGAGCAUAAGAUUAAUCUCACUGCCUCUGCUCCAAUGGCUACUGACCCGAGUGAGAGUUCCUGCUAAAUAAUUUAAAUUAUUUUUCUUUGAGAUCUCUUCUUGUUUUUAUAAAAUAGCCGCAUUUUAUGUAAUUGAUUUAAGUAUUUUUGCAAUAAACAAUUUGUAUUCAUUUAUUCCGUUUAUUCAAUUUCAAUAAAGUUUUACUGAUU